AAGGCAGAUGUGAAGUCCCUCAUGGCGAAGUUUAACACGGUGAACACCCUAACAGAGGAGGUUCCCAUCGUUCCCAUCCGGCCCUUGAAGCUCCCAAAGCAAAACUCUCCUGCCGGAGUCCCACCUAGAAAGAACUUACUCAGCCCCCAGGGCCAUGACAGCGCCCCUGCAGGACCCAGUGGUGUACCGAAGAUUAUGCCUCCAAAGCCCACCUUGGGGGUGAAACCUUCAGAGGACAAGCCUGAAAGGGAGCCCAAGCCCCCGUUUCUCAAGCCCACUGGAGUAGGCCAACGAUUUGGAGCCCAGGCCAGCACAGCCACUAAAGAUGAGUUGAAACCUGCUUUUCCAAAACCUGGCAUCAUCCCCAAGACUAUCAACCUGCCCAAAGAAGAUUACAAACCAGGCUUUCCUCCUCCUCCCGGAAACAAGCCAGGGUUUGGUCACGACCAUGACUUGCCACCGGCAGGCCUGAAGCCCAGGUCCAACACUUCUGCUCAGGAGAAUGAGCUGAAAGUGGGGUUCCCAAAACCAAGCGGGAUCAAAGGCAAGUUUGCGUCCGCCUCUCAAGAACAGGACACCAAGCCCCUCUUCCCUAAACCAGUCUUCCAGAGACCCUCCCUGCGAGACGAGGACACCCACGAAGAGGAGAUCCCCUGGAAGAACAUGACCUCUCCAUCUAAAGGAUUCCCGAGUCCUGCAGGAGCCAGGUUCAGAGUAGGCUCUGCAAAGUCGGCUAGGGAUGAGCCCGAAAACAAAGACCACAGUGGCGGCGAGGUGACCAGUGCCCCUUAUCCUGGAGUGGUUCUGAAACCCACUGGAAGCAGAGCUGGCCCUGCUGGACUCCCCAAGAAUGCUGAGGACAGAAAAGAAGAGAGGAAGGUGGAUGCUGCUAAGAACAUCUUCCUGAGCAAGAUGAACCAGGAAGAGCCAGCCUCGGGGGUACCGCCUGCCAAGUACCCUAAGACACCCUCAAAACUGGUCCCAGGAGGGCCCUGGGCCCAAAGUCAAGAAAAGGACAAGGAUGACAAGAACCCAAGUACCCCAAAACAGAAGCCCUUGCCUUCCUUGUUCACCCUGGGUCCACCUCCACCAAAACCUAGCAGACCCCCCAAUGUGGACCUCACAAGAUUUCUAAAAGCUGCUUCUGGAAACAGUACCAGCAAAGACACAAUAUCUUCCUCAACAACUUCCCCUCUCCCACCUCUACCAGUCCAUCCAACCAAUCAGCCGCCAUUACCAGCAUCUCACCCAGCACAGUCGUCAGUGCCGAGUCUACCUCCCAGAAAUAUAAAACCUCCCUUAGACCUAAAAAGUCCUGUAAAUGGAGAAAGUCAAGAUGCUGUCAAGCACUCAGAUGGUGCUGGAAAUAUAGAUGAGGAAGAGAGUGAAGGAGAAACCUAUGAAGACAUAGAAGCAACCAAAGAACGAGAAAAGAAAAGAGAAAAGGAGGAAAAGAAGAGACUAGAACUGGAGAAAAAAGAACAGAAAGAGAAAGAAAAGAAAGAACAAGAAAUCAGGAAAAAGUUUAAACUAACAGGCCCUAUUCAAGUCAUCCAUCAGGCUAAAGCUUGCUGUGAUGUCAAAGGCGGAAAGAAUGAACUGAGCUUCAAGCAAGGGGAGCAAAUUGAAAUUAUCCGCAUCACAGACAACCCUGAAGGGAAAUGGUUGGGCAGAACAGCAAGAGGGUCGUAUGGCUAUAUUAAAACAACUGCCGUAGAGAUUGACUACGAUUCUUUGAAACGGAAAAAGACAUCUCUCAGUGCCCUUUCAUCCAGACCUCCAGAAGAUGACCAGGAUGUAUAUGAUGAUGUCGCAGAGCAGGACACCAAGAGCAGCCACAGUUAUAGUGGAAGUGGAGGAAUAUUCCCACCUCCCCCAGAUGAUGAUAUUUAUGAUGGAAUAGAAGAGGAAGAAGACAUUGAAGGCUCCAUGCAACAAGUUGAAGAGCAGAGUAACACCUGGCCUUGGGGAAUUUUGAAGAUGUUCAAGGGAAAAGAUGACAAAAAGAAAAGUACACGAGUGAAACCUAAAGAGUCUGAAUCAGACAAUAAUGAAGGUUCAUAUUUUCCUUCUCCUCCUAAACAAUUGGAUCUUGGAGAUGAAGUCUAUGAUGAUGUGGAUGCCUCUGACUUCCCUGCUCCACCUAUGGAAUUGAGGUAAGGCAAAAAUAUCAAGGCCAAGACACAAGAAAAAGACCUUAAGAAGUUAAAAAAGCAAGAAAAAGAAGAAAAAGAGUUUAGGAAAAAAUUUAAAUAUGAUGGUGAAAUCCGGGUCCUAUAUUCAAUUAGAGUUUCUCCUUCCUUAACUGCUAAAAAGUGGGGCAAUAGAGAUUUACAGAUAAAGCCUGGAGAAGCCCUGGAAGUUAUACAAAGCACUGACGAUACAAAAGUUCUCUGCAGGAACGAAGAUGGAAAAUAUGGUUAUGUCCUUCGUACUUACUUGGAGGACAAUGAUGGAGAGAUCUAUGAUGAUAUUGCUGAUGAUACCAUUUAUGACAAUGACUAGCUCUCAGCUUCACUCA